AUGCCGCAACGAAUUGUCAUCAUAGGCGCUGGCUUCGCUGGCAUGUACAGUGCCCUGGCCGCCCGGCGACUGAUUUCCCAGAAUGGCAGAGACCAAGACAUUGAAACCGUCGUCAUCGCACCCGAGCCAACACUUGCGGUUCGGCCCCGACUUUACGAAGCAAAUCCCGGCACCAUGGCAGCGCCUCUUGGAGAUCUCUUCACAGCGACUGGGGUGAAAUUUAUUCAGGGUGUCGCAAAGACCAUCGACACCAAGAUGCGACAGGUUGGAGUAGUAAACACGGGAGGAGACGCAGCCGUAGUAGAUUACGACCGGCUCAUUUUGGCUGCGGGAAGUCAACUGAGGGUUCCCAAUGUUGACGGGUUGAAGCAACACUCGUUCAAUGUGGACCAGCUACACUCGGCAAUCGCACUGGACCAACAUCUUCACAGUCUACCACGGGCCCCAGAUUGCCCUGCUCGCAACACUGUCAUUGUGUGUGGUGGCGGCUUCACGGGCAUCGAGCUGGCAGCAGAACUGCCCGCUCGACUUCGUUCCAUAUUGGGGCAGGACACAGAGACCAGAGUCAUAGUCGUCGAACGAAACCCAACUAUAGGCCCAGGCCUAGGGCCGAGCCCGCGACCCGAGAUUCAGAAAGCACUGGACGGCUACAGCGUGGAACUAAAACUCGGUGUUGCUGUCACGUCCGUCGACGCCGGCGGUGUCGUAACCUCGGCGGGCGAGAGGAUCGAGGCCAGUACUGUGGUUUGGACUGGUGGCAUGGUGGCAACCGGCUUGACACAACAAAUUCCGGGGGAAAAGGACGGACUGGGCCGCCUCGUGGUUGAUGAGAACCUCCGCGUCGCGCAAACAAAGCAUGUCUUUGCGACUGGAGAUGCUGCUUGCGCCGUAACCGACGAGGACGGCCACACGGCCAUGAUGAGUUGCCAACAUGCCCUUGUGCUUGGCCGGUCGUCGGGCCACAACGCCGCCGCCGAUCUCCUAGGUCUUCCCAACCGUCCGUAUAGCCAGCCGGAUUACGGCACUUGCCUUGACCUCGGGCCCAAUGGAGCAGUGGUAACCGCCGGUUGGGAUCGUCAGGUCGUCUUCACGGGCAGCCAGGCCAAGUCGGUCAAGCAAUUCAUUAACACGACUCUCAUCUAUCCCCCUCCAGCAGAUGCAAAAGAGGCCUUUGCAGUUGCAGACCCGGACUACAAGUUGCCCAAUUUGGAACCGCCACCUGUGCCGGUCGCUGUCAAGGCAUGA